AUGUAAGAUCAAUUGUUUUAUAUAUUAUUUUGUGUGGUUAAUAUAAAUGAUUUAAACAAUGUGAUCUGGAAGUUAGUUAUGGAACAUUAUGGCUUCUACGAAGCUUUUUUCUUAAAUGACUUCGCAAGGUUUUUGUGUAUAAAUGGAAGUAAAGGUGUGGACAUUACUUUUAGUUGUAUAUAUACAAUUGGCAACUUAUGUAAAUGGAAAUACGGGAAAAGAUUUUCAUCAACAAGAUGACAAUGGAGAUAAAAUAGUCAAAGACAAUAUAAAUCGGAAACCUCUAGAACUUUCGAAUCAUCCAAAUAAUGAGGCCAGAGACUAUUUUUUAUCACCAGUAUUCCCCAACAAUGAUGAAACUGAUGAAGAGGACGAAGAAGAUGAACAUACAUAUUUAGAUUACGAUUAUAAAGAUGCGAAUUAUAAAGAUACAUCAGAUGUUCAUGUCGGCGGUAACCCACAAGAUGUUUUACCGAUCGACGAUAAAAUCCCUUUACACACGACCAAAGACAAUCUUCCCAUAUUUCUGUUGGAACCCGAAAAUACUUAUGUCGUCAAAAAUAAAGCUGCCACAUUAAAAUGCCGCGCCGCCAAUGCUUUAGAUGUAUAUUUUAAAUGUAACGGUGAGAAAACUCAAGCUGUGAACUUCGAGUUCGUCGACCCGCAAACUGGCGUGAGGAUCAUCGAAGGAGAACACGAGGUGACGAGGGAGCAGGUUGAGGAGUACUUUGGUAGCGAGAAGUACCAAUGCUCCUGUUUCGCGUGGACCAGUCAGGGUCAGAUCAGGAGUCAGCCGGCUACCAUCGAGUUAGCUUAUAUAAAGAAGCAUUUCUCAGUAUCACCGCAGUCACAACUGGUGAAACAAUAUUCGUCAGUAACAUUCCGCUGCGAGCCGCCACCUGCGGCACCUUUUGCCCAACUCUACUGGCUAAAGAACGGAGCACCAGUAGUCGUAGAUGACAAUGUACAGGUCAAAGAAGGUGAAUUGGUCAUCAAACAAGCGUCUUUGCUGGAUAUGGCGAACUACACCUGCGUCGCCGAAAAUUUAGCCGGCAAAAGAAUGUCGGAGCCCGCGCUAUUAACCGUUUUCGUGAACGGUGGAUGGACAGCGUGGUCUACUUGGACUGACUGCUACUGCUCCGGGCAGGCGGGGCGAGAGGGGCUCGAGGGGCGCCCAGGACGGCGGCGAGAGAGGACCUGCACCGCACCGAGGCCGCUCAAUGGAGGCCAGCCUUGUAUCGGACCCAGUGUACAGAAGACACAAGACUGCAUCGAUUGUGAUUUAGAUGUUUACGUCGAUGGAUUGGACGAGUUAGCUGACGAAUCUUCAGAUAUUGUAUUGGGACGAUGGUCACAAUGGUCGGAAUGGUCAAGAUGUGAUACAGACUGUCUCCAAACUAGGCGACGACGAUGUCUGACCACGACAGCAUGUUUAGGAAAGGAUUACCAAGUAGCCCAAUGUACACAUUGUGUUAGGACUUCUAAAUCUGAAAUCAUUACAGACGCAUCAUCGUAUUGGCCGUUAUUCAUUGCAUUAUCAAUUGCGUUUCUAAUAUUUAUAAUUGUUGUUGUAUUGGGUAUAAAAUAUAUGAAGUUUAAAGUGACAGAAAAUUCGCCGUAUGUGAAACCACCUCCAGGUACACAAUACUUUGGUAGCGUACUAAAAAGAACAUUGACCAAUCAACCGGAUUUGACAAUACAUGAAGAGUUUCAUACAUUGGACUCUAGACGGACUCGCCGCCAUACAAGUGCUUCUAGUAAUCCACGCAAUGAACAUUUGUAUGAAGUGCCGCAGUUAGCUAAUAGCUAUAUAUCACCUAUCGAUCACGAGGUAAGAACCGAGUGUACCGCCAGCGAAAGGAAUUACGCUUGCAAGGAUAACGUGGAGUCAGAUCGGUCUGAUUCUAGCUGCUUUUUGAGCUCCGGUUCAUCGUAUGGUAAUGAGAGUAUAGAAAUGUCGCCAUCUUUAAAAAAUAACGCUUCAGUCGAUUCAAAAUAUCUAAGUAUAAAUUAUUUGGAGACAGCUACAUCGAAAAUGAUAACAAGUGACGGUGAUUGGUUGAAUUUAGAAAAAUGUGGCGUCAGCUUAUUUGUUCCUGAUGGAAUCGUUGAUAAGGGAGAGGAAUUAUUUUCUUUAGAAGUUAUUGACGAAGAAUGGAAUCGACCGUUACUGCAAGAAGGAGAGAUUCAACUAAGCCCGGUUAUAAGAUGCUGUCCGAAGAAUUUCCACUUCCGAAAAGGCGUCAUCCUGUCAUUCCCGCACUGCGCCGCCCUCAAGAGUACCAGCUGGCUGCUAUCGAUCCUGCAGCGACCCGAAGACACCAACUCCAGGGAGUGGAGGAAAGUUUUGACGCUCGGCCAAGAAACACCUGGCAGCCCGAUAUUCGCACAAGUCGACCCCACUAAAGUUUACUUAGUAUGCGAAUUCCUGACUGACUUCGUUAUGAUCGGACAAAGUUUCAACGGACUAGAUGCGAAGUUGCUUAGAGUUGGACUCUUCAUCGCUAAACGAAGUGACGAUAGUUUUUAUAAUUUGAACGUUCACGUAUUUAAUGAUACUCCAUUCGCGUUCUACGAUUGUGUUGAAAACGAAAGACGUACUGGUGGUUAUUUGCUUUGUGAACCAAAGACUGUACACUUUCAAGAGAACGCUUCCGAUCUGUGUUUAAACAUCAGAGAUGUCGGCGUCGGAUGGAAGAUACAGACCGGGGGGACGUAUCAGGAAAUAUCGUACACCCACAUAUGGAAUAUGACGGUGCGUUCGUUGCAUUGCAUGUUUGUCCUACAACAAUUAGAUUCGAUAAACUCAUUGGAAUUGAGUAUAUCGAUUUACCAGAAACAAAAACAAUCGAAUUCGGUCAAUUUCAAUCUUAAAACGAACGAUUUGAAUUCAAAUUUCUAUAGCAGUAAACGUUAUAGUUACUCCGGCUUAGAAAAUGGGUAUACCGUUAACAUCGUAGAGAAUCCUUUUAACUACUCAUCGCUGUCUAAGAAGGAAGGUCGAUAUGAUUUCGUUUACAAGAAUAAUAGUGUUUUAAGGAAUAAUUUACAUACUGACAAUAAUUAUUAUAGAUGUAACAUGCUGACUAAAUCUGAUAGAGUAAUAUUGUGUAAGCUUCUUGAUACGCAAUCGUCGAAAGGUAACGACUGGCGGCUGUUGGCGGACAAGCUGAAGAUCACAUCGUAUUAUUACUAUUUCUCAAAUACUUGCUCGCCGACAGAAAACAUCCUCAAUCUUUGGAUGUGCAGGAAUAAUGAUGUCAACAUGCUUGUCAAUUUAUCGAGAAUCUUUAGAGAAAUGUCUAGAAUCGAUUGUGCUACAGUUGUUGAAAGGCGUUGCUUUACUAAUUGAACCUUUUUUUUUUCGAUUAAAAUUGUGAUCAAUAAUUUGUUAAUCAAAUAUA